AUGGGUUUUGACAGGAACUCUAAGUUGUUUAUUGAAGCGAUUCGGGUUAUUAGUUCUUUGACUAAAGAGAAUUGGGAGUUGAAAUUGGAGGUGUUUAAGAGUUUGGGGUUUUCGGAAGAUGACAUUUUGUCAAUCUUUAGGACACAGCCUCAGGCUUUUACUAAGUCAGAGAGGAAAAUUAGGGCGAUAACUCAGCUUUUUCUUAGCACAGGCAAAUGUGAUAUCUCAUAUGUUGUUAAAAACCCAGACUUGCUUGGUCGCAGUAUUGAGAAUAGGCUUAAGCCACGGCUAAGAGUUGUGGAUGUAUUGGCAAGCAGGAAUUUGCUUCUUAAAAAGCCAAGUUUGGCAAGUGUAUGCAGGAUCACUGAAGAGAAGUUCUUUGAGAAAUAUGUACUCCCUUAUACAAAUGAAGUUGGCGAAUUAUUCAAGGCUAACAAGGGGGAGCAAUAG